AUGGGCAGUCUCUACCAACAAGAACACUCUGUUUUACUCCGAUUGAACCACUUCUGGCAAAACCAAGCUCCCAUCAGCCAUUGGCUCACCUCCAACGCUUCUCAUUGUUCAUGGACGGAGGUUCAAUGCACCAACAACUCCGUCACUGGUCUGAUUUUCUCUUCCUACAAUUUGAACGGAACUAUCCCCUCUUUCAUUUGCGACCUCAAAAAUCUCACCCACCUUAAUCUUCACUUCAAUUUCAUCACCGGUACCUUCCCCACCACUCUUUACCAUUGUUCCAACCUCAAUCACCUCGACCUCUCGCACAAUUUACUCGCCGGGUCAAUUCCAGACGACAUCGACCGCUUGUCUCGCCUCGAGCAUCUCAAUCUCGGUGCAAACAGGUUCUCCGGCGAAAUUCCGGUAUCGAUUUCUCGGUUGUCGGAACUUAAACAACUCCAUCUUUAUGUUAAUAAAUUUAAUGGGACAUACCCAUCUGAAAUCCGAAAGUUGUUGAAUCUGGAAGAAUUGUUAAUAGCUUACAAUUCAAAUCUCCAACCGGCUGAAUUGCCUUCCGGUUUAUCGAAGUUGAAGAAGCUGAGGUAUUUAUGGAUGACAGAUUCCAAUUUAAUCGGUGAAAUUCCUGAAUGGAUCGGUAAACUGAGGGAUCUUGUGAUAUUGGAUUUGUCGAGGAACAACUUGACUGGGAAAGUCCCCCACAGUUUGUCUAAGUUGAAGAAACUCAGAAUUGUGUAUCUGUUCAAGAACAAUCUCACCGGAGAAAUUCCUGAAUGGAUUGAAUCCGAAAACAUCACCGAAUACGACCUGUCGGAAAAUAAUUUGACCGGUGGAAUUCCAGUAAGCAUGAGCCGUAUUCCGGCAUUAUCAAACGUUAGAUUGUUUAGUUAUAUGAUCCUUCAAGGUUUUCAAUUUACUGCCAAUAAAACCACCGGAAAUAUGUGCUCCGGCGGUAAAUUGAUACAACCCGAAGUUCGAAUUACAGAAUGA